UUAGAAAAAGUAUAAAGGUAUAAAAGGCUGCUGGGAAGAUCAAUUCGCUGAAGAAAGGAAAUUAUUGUAUGGAGCACGACAUCAAUGUCAUAUCAAAUAAGUUAAGUAGUAGUAGUAUAAUCUAAGGAUCAUCUUGCUGCUAUCAUAACUGUUAAUGAAAAUGCUGACAAACCACUCACGAUGAUUCCAUAAAUUGAUCAUCGCCGGACUUAAGAUAGAGAGUUUGCUUGGAUCAUCUGUUAAUUAUCGUUUUUCAAGUAAGGAACAUCAAUCUAUGUAUGCUUAGUUUCUGACAGUUUUUAAAAGCAAGGCAUUUAAACGGAUAACUGAUUUAAUGGUCAUAAAAGAAUGCUCGGAGACGGAGAAAACUUGUCGAUGGAAUUCAAUGAAGAUUUAAUGAAUAUUACAAGCGAAAUUUGUUAUUUGGGUAGACAUCGAACUACACCAAACUUUAUUAUAAAUGGAUAUUUGUUUCCAAGCUUAGCAUGUGUUACUGUGGUAAUAAAUUGCACAAUACUGGUGGUAUUUUGGAGAGCUAAAUUUUUUACUCCGCAUCAUGCUUUACUAGCUGCAUUAGCAAUUGUGGACAUGCUGACAGUAUUUAUACCAUCCCCGUUAUUUAUGUACGUUUUUGGAUGCGGAUUCUAUAUGAUAUUUCCGUCGUGUAAACUAUGUCAGGCAUAUGACAUUACUACAAUGGAAAUACCUAUUAUUUUACACAGUAUAUCAAUGUGGCUUACUCUAGGGCUAGCGAUUCAACGCCAUGUUUGUGUUUCGAAUCCAUUUAAAGCAAAGUACAUCUGUACAAUGAAAAACACAAUUAUUUACAUGAUUCUAAUGAGUUGCUGCUUCUUUGCUUUUCUGUUGCCAUUCACUUUUAGAUUAAAAUACGAAGAGGUCUUAGUGAAUUUGGAUAUGGACGGAUUUUUGGCACAUCCAGCAUGCCGGAAGUCGCCCCAAAACUGGCUGAAUGACAAUAAAAAUUUAUUUUACGGUAUGUACGGUUUAUUACGAGUUUUGGUGAUUAAACUUUUACCGUGUGUCAUCUUACUGAUUUUGGAAAUUAAGCUUAUCCGAAACUUAAAAAUGGCUUCACUUGUAAGAAUUCAUACAAAUAAGGUCCACCAAAGAAAAGAUGUUCCGAUGCGCCUUUCAGCACAAACUGCUUGGAUAGUUGGGAUAUUUUUAGUUACGGAAAUACCAGUGACAGUCGGCGUUAUCCAUGAGGUAAUAGCUUGGUGGUUUAAAGUUAAGUUUAUGAAAGAUGAUGUUAAAUUUCUUUUAAGUGAUAUUUUAAAUUUCAUAUUGCUAUUUGGAUGCAUGGCAAAUUUUGUAAUUUAUAUUUUUCUCAGUGAGAAAUUUAGAAGAUAUAUUAUAAAAUUAGUAACUUUCCAGUCGAGCCGAAAAAGACAAUACAGACAAUACAAACACUGUGCGAGUUUAAGAAAUUUACCGUCAACCAGGACAGAAUUAGAAGAAUUGUCUGUUUUAAAAUAA